GCUACUGAAGUGGAAAUUGCUCCAAAAAGUCGAGAAAUAUUUUCUAGCAUGAAGGCUAAAUACCAAUUAGUAGCCGACACUUUUUUCGAAAGGUAGACAUAAAUGACGCUGUAAAUUCAAUUUAUGGCGAAGUGAAAUACACUGUAAACAACACAGUGGAUGAUAGGGUUGGAGGCGCCAGUUAUAUUUAUUUUGCUAUAUAGUAUAUACUUUGUAGUUUUCAAGUAUUUUGCCAGAAAAUAUAAUUUAGAAAGAUUAUAUGAUGAAUUCAGUGAGGUCCUGCUUGCUUUCACUUGUCUCGAGAAAACAGUUGACUUGCCCCAGAGGAGUAAAACAUUGGAUAGACGGCAAACCGAGAAGAAAACAUCCUGUAAAUCCAGAAAUUGAAGAUCGGCUUCCAGCUGCUUUUCAGUAAACAAGUACAUAUCGGAAGGUACUAGGCCAGACAACCGGGUCUAUACAUGGGGCUAUGCUGAGCUGGGAGCUCUUGGAAACAGGAAUCUUCUGAGACCUAAGAAUGGGAAGAAGCCAUACACCUAUCUGCAUCGCCCAAUGAGGCUCUGGUUCGCUGAGCUUAACAAGGUAACAGAUGUGGCCUGUGGGUAUGGCUUCACUGUGAUGGCUGUCAACAGACCUGACUACAAACUGUUUGGCUGUGGUCUCAACACAAGUUCUCAGAUAGGCCAGCAGGAGGCACGUGCUGGCCACCCUCUGGAGAGGGUAACCUCACCAGUGCCCAUCACAAUACCUGUGGAUGACCCCAGCAUCAAAGUCACAGCGGUGGCAUGCGGCCGGAGUCACACAGCGUUCGUGACCAGCGACGGCGCCGCCUACACGCUCGGCAACAACGCGUACGGCCAGUGCGGGAGGCAGGUUCUGGAGCGGGAGGACUACAGCAGUAACGCCACUGUGCACAGGGUGCCGCUGGAGCGGCCUGUACGGUCCGUCACCUGCGGCCAGGACCACACUAUGUUUGUGACCGAGUGCGGCCGGGUGUACUGCUGCGGCUGGGGCGCCGACGGUCAGCUCGGCAGCGGCGCCUUCGACAGCCGCUGGCAGGCGCUACCGGCCGGCGGAGACCUCGAGGGAGAGCGCAUCGUCCAGGUGGCCUGCUCGGCAGACUGUGUGCUGGCCGUCAGUGAGUCCGGUGACGUGUUCGGCUGGGGUAACUCGGAGUACGCCCAGUUCGCCAGUGUGACCGAGGAACAGCAGCUGAACGUGCCCCGGAGGCUGCCACUCGGCGUCGGAAAGGUCACAGAUGUGGCCAGCGCCGGCACCAUGUGUGCUGUGCUAAACGAUCGAGGAGAGGUGUACGUGUGGGGCUAUGGGAUGCUCGGCAAGGGCCCGGAGCUGGACGUAUCAAAGGAGCCCUCUCUGAUACCGCCGACACUGCUGGGACGGAACGACUUCAGCCCCGACAACACGCCCGUCUCGGUGGUGUCUGGCCUGUACCACCUAUCGGUGACCACCAGCGGCGGUGACCUGUUCACGUGGGGUCACAACCGGCACGGCGCGCUCGGCCUGGGUCACACCGAGGACCGCCUGUUCCCGCUGCGAGUCUCCAUCCCCGCCCGGGUCACCAAGGUGGCCUGCGGCGUCGACCACAUGGCCGCACUCUGCAGGGAGUACAUCUGAACCGGGUACAACGGCGACAAUACACAGCUGAUCUCUAGUCA